AUAAGGAAGUUAAGCUGUCGUAUUGUCAAACUGUGUACUGUAUUGUAUAUUGACAUUUUGACAAAAUCGGAAAGAAUAACGAGAGAGAUGAGUGGGAGAGAAGUUCCUCGGAGGGAGAGUCCGUGGGGAUUACCCGACGGAGACACCCGACAACCCAAGGCUCACAGAUGCAACGAUCGCAUUGAAGAUGUUGUCCAAGCUUGUUUUGAAGGUAACCCUUUUAAGACAGUUCCUGGCCCUUUUAAGCUUUUCUGGCGUUGCAUGCAAUCCAAACCCGGCGAAGAGCCUACUGAACCAUUUUACUAUUUGCAAUUAGCACCACAAACUAGAGAAGUCAAGCUCGAGUAAUCGC